GACGAAGCCAGGCGCGGCAGAGGGGGAGAGAGACACAGACAGGGAGAGCCUGGCGAGCCGAGCGCGCAAGACCAGGCCACCGCUCCGGGAUUGAUCUGAUCUGAUCAGCUCGGCUCGACUUGGCUCAGCUCAGCUCGGUUCAGCUGUGCUCUGCUCUGCUGUGGUGUUCUCUCGCGUCUUCGAGCAGGCAGGGGGGACGCGAGAGCCUUGAGAGGAGGAGGUGGUGAGGUUCGAGGCGGGUCCAAGGGCGAGAUGGUGCGCGGAGAGGCGCAAUGGGGGUUUGCGCCGACUGGGGAACGAGGAGGAGUAGGAGGAGGAGGGGGGUGAGGCGCAGAGGAGAAGAGGAGGAGCCGAGUCGACUCGGAAAGAAGGUGAGUUGACUUGAUUAGAUAAGUUCAGCUCGUGACGACGAUCGGUGGCGCCCAUCGUCGUGGGUAACUUGGGCUGCAAGGUACGGAAUCGGUCCAGUCUGAGCUCGUGAAGGGAAUGCGAAGACCUGCCCAUCCGUGGGCAUCCGAGCACUUGCUUCUCUCCUGUGCGUCUUCCGAAGUGGGGCACGAGGGAGGGGACAGAUAAGGAGGCGUCGGGAGCCGAUUCCGAGCGCAUGCAAGUCAUACGGGAGGGUUGCGCCGGAGGGUGAGAGCUUCUGUUGGCUUCGUUCCUGCAGGCCGGGCAUGGAUCCGGUCGAGGAAUCGGAGCGGGCGCGGUCGAGAGCGCGGGAGGAUGGUGCAGAGGACGGGCGAGCAGUUCGGAGCUGGUGGACAGAGGCGACGGAGGAGGAGGACGAGGAGCGAAGGCGGGACGUCGACAUCGGCUCGAGGCUAGAGAUUUGACAAAGACGGCUGCCGAGAUCACAGUAGCAGAAUACCAACAUCGCGAGCGGGCAGUAGGAAGGUGCGCCGGGCAGGGUGUUCAUGAUGCGCGGGGGGCAGUCGUAGGCAGCAUGCAGCCAUGGAGGAAAUCGUGGUGAGUGGCGCCGGUGCCUUGUCUCCGAGACUGGCAGUGGCGACGGCGGCGGCGGCAGCAGCAGCAGGCGGACGGACCUUGAAGAAUUGGGCCCCGAGGAGGGCUCUAAUCUCGGCGCCGCGGAAUGUCCUUCUGCAAUUGGCUUCGCACCCUUUCCCAUUCCCCGCGGAAGGGCCGGCGUCGCUGAACGAGCCGGCGACAGGGGGAGGGGGACCUGGAGGAAGAGCAGGAUCGAACAAUGGCGGGGGCACGACGUUCGACACGCUGGACCCGAACGUGGUGAUAAUUCUGGUGGUGCUGCUGUUCGCGCUCAUCUGCGCCGCGUUCCUUAACUCGAUCAUGCGCUGCGUGAUGCGCCGGUCCAACCGGACGGAGGAGGCGGCCGAGGAGCCCCAGUCGGUCCAGGGCCUGGACGCCAAGGCGCUGGCCGUGCUGCCCGUGCUCUCGUUCCGAUCGGCCACCAUCGGCAAGCUGAAGGAGGGCAGCCCCGCCGAGUGCACCAUCUGCCUGAGCGACUUCGUCGAGAACGAGAAGGUGCGGCUGCUCCCGAAAUGCAACCACGUCUUCCACAUCGACUGCAUUGACAUGUGGCUGCUGUCCCACGUAUCCUGCCCCGUCUGCCGAGACUCCAUCGUCGAGGAUCCCAAGCUUCAGACGUCGAUUGCCGUCCCCGCCUCGUCAUCCGACCCCAUCGACUCCUCCGCGGCCUCGCAGAGCAACAUGAGGGCCGAGCUCCUCCGAGAGCGAGGCGGAAGCAGCAGCAGUAGCAGUAGCAGCAGCGCCAGCGUGGCUGGCCCGAGCGAUGCGCUGGUCCUCUACUCCCCGUCGAACGCCGGCGGUGCCGGAGGUGGCAGCAGCAGCAGCAGCGCCAGUCAGCAAGCUGGGGUGCCAGGGUCGAGGCGCGGAGGCAGGGGAUCUUCGGUGCGCGCUUCGCUCUACUCGAUGUUCGCAGCGGAGAAUGUCAUGAACCUUUUCACGGCCAGCAUCGGACCAGCCUCCAGAGGCCAUCAUCUCCUUCACCACUCCUCGGCCUCUAGCUCGAAUUCCCCCGCCGAUCCCCCCCCUGCUGCUGCUCUUAGCGCAGCACCAGCUGCAGGACGAGGAGCAGGCGGGCCAGCCGCUGGCGCAGGAGGCUCAUAAGAUAAAUCACAGUUUCUCACAUCCCUUCACAUUGAUCGGCAUUGCCCGAGAAGGCGGACGCGUCAGUCAAGGAGUCUCAGAGAAGAUGAAGGCGCAGGAUCGAUCCGAUCGAAUCCCUUCAGCUCCCUCGCAUUAGAGCUGGCCUAUCACUCUGACCGCUCUGGGAAAUCGUCUGUCGAGCAUCGUGGAAAAUACAUGAUCAGCUCCAUAGGAACAGGCAGGCAUGCAGGUAAAAAGCACUCGGUCCGUGCGACGCCCGUUCAAGAGAUCGGUGAUGGUGACGACGAGAUCCGAGUCAUCGGAUUUGAGUCUACGCUCGCCUUCAUUGGAUGCCGUGGUCCUCGUUCAUGCUUGAUUUCGCGCCAGCAGGUGGAGUCUUCUACUGCGUAGUGGGGGACGAUGCCACGGGUCCGACCAUUAUUCAGUGGCAGCAAAUGUCGAGGACUCUGGACAUGGUUGCGUUGUCACCCAUGUCCAACAACGCAACCGAGAAAAUGAUCUGCAGAAAGCGUAUUCCUUGCCUCGUCGCUCGCCUCGCUUCGACUAUUCGUUUGGAGCGGUGUACGCGUGUUUGUGACGAGUAGGUAGGCACUCACCCCACUUCUCGCUUGAGUUACAGCAGGCGAUUCUGUAAAUAAUUUUGCUGAUUGUUGAGUAGUAAAGUCAAUGUAGGCCAGGUAGGUAGUUGGUUAGAUAGACUCACGAUCAUCUCCUCAGCAUCUAAAGGAUCUGAAGAUGAUCGAUCCCAUUCUUUUGUAAUGUAGAUCCAAACAAGAGCUUCGGUCUUGAAUAAGUAAAUAUCUGUCACACGUUUGCAUACUUUUUC